AUGAUCCCGUGUAAAUUGAGUCAUAAUACCAGCCGUGCUACGUCAUAUUUUAUCAUUUCCGUUCACAGCAGCUUCCUAAUCAAGCUAAGGCCGACUACCUUACUGAUAGCAGUUGCUAGUGCUUCCCUCAUUGUGUUGCAAUAA